AUGGUAGUAAGGCAACAUUUUCGAAUGAAAAGAAAGACUCGUGGAAUAACGGUCAAGAGAGAGGAGUACACUUUUGCUUGUUGCACGACGGUGGUCUCAAGAAUGCCCGAAGACGAAAGCAAGAGGCCUAUGAAAAAUGUGGAGACAAACGUGCUCGAAAUGGCUGCUCGUCUUGCCGAAGUGCCCCGAGGAAAGGACGCGUCGGAUUUGCCUGGUGAAUCCCCGUUGGCCCGCCGAAGACUUCAUUCGGGUUCGCCGAUCACGUUUUUGAAGAAGCUUCGAGGGCACCAAACGAAGAAAAACUCUAAGAUUCAUCCGUGCCUUGCACCUUACGAAGAUCUUUUACCACCAUUUGACGUCGAUCCGCAAAAUCCUGACCAAUUGGCCAAAAUUCUUUUGACCAGUGGGGCGAAGGCAAAGUUAUAUCUUAAUCACUACCUGGAGGAGGCAAGGUUGUCGGGUUUACUUGUUGGUGACUCCCAAUUGCCAUCAUUGGAACAAAGUGCUGAAUACUUUGCCAAGUUGUGCGUUGCUGCCGAAAAAGCCGGUGAACCGAAAAAUCUGACUUUACCAUCCUUGACUCCGGAAGAUGCUGCGAACGCUCUAGCCCUUCUUAAUGCAAUCAACUUGCGUCGAUCUCCUUCGCGACGAGUGGAAAGCAUAAUGGCGGCUGGUCAAGAUCACCCGGGUGCUCAAGCCUCCGAUGUUGAUGGUGGAACUGGUUCCGAUAUUGCCUCUUUAAAUGGCGAAGAUGAGCUGAUCUCCGACGAAGACACUUUAUUUGGACUCGCCUGCUGUGCCGGAUUUCCUGAACUGGCUCGAGAGCUGAUCUAUCUUCGUGGUACAACGGAAUUCGAAGGUCCUCACGAUUGCACCCCCCUAAUGGAAGCUUGUUCUGCGGGAAGAAUAGAAAUUGUGCGUGUUUUACUUGAACAUUGUGCCGACAUCAAUGCACAAUCAGCUACAAGCAACACGGCUUUGAUUUAUGCAGCAGCAGCUGGAUUCCUCGAAUGCAUCAAGCUCCUAAUUGCCACCGGUCGUUGUAACCUUGAGCUGCGAAACGAGAAUGGACAUUGUGCGCUGAUGGAGGCGGCUAGUGCUGGGCAUCUGAAUGUGGUCGAAGAACUGGUGAAGAGCGGCGCAUUGGCUGUCUAUAUGAACACGAAUAGUGACUUUAAAGAGUCACCCUUAACUUUGGCCGCUUACAAGGGGCAUGUCCAACUGGUCGAGUACUUGUUGUCAAUUUCAUCUGGAUCCAACCGAGACGAAGAACUUCAUACCGCGUUGAUGGAGGCUUGUAUGGAUGGUCACACGGAGGUGGCAGCUUUGCUUUUGAAACAUGGAGCGCCGGUCAAUCUUUUAUCCGAAUCGUUUGAAAGUCCGCUUACUUUGGCGAGCUGCGGAGGACACACGACACUGGUGAAAAUGCUGCUGGAUGCUGGAGCACACCUCGAAGAACCGAAUGAUGAAAGUUAUACACCAUUGAUGGAAGCCAGUCGAGAAGGUCACACGGAAGUUGUAAAGCUGCUUUUGGAAAAGGGUGCAAAUGUUAAUGCCCAAACAGAUGAGACCGGUGAAACAGCAAUGACGCUGGCAGCUUGUAGUGGACAUACUGAAGUUCUUGCUUUGUUAGAGAAAAGUGGGGGUGAUUUGGAAAUUGGGGCCAACUCGCCGUUGAUGGAAGCCAGCCAAGAAGGACAUUUGGAAACCGUGAAAUACAUUCUGGAUUACGCAAAACGAAAGAAGCUGAACCCAACUGAGUGGAAGGCUAAUCUCAAUACGUCGUUGAUUGUUGCUGCCGAAAAUGGACAUUGUGCGAUUGCCCAGGCACUUGUAGGACAUGGAGCCGAACUCAACUAUGAAGUGGACAAUCGAAACGCUUUGAUGAGAGCGGCAAAGCAGGGAUAUACAGAUGUGGUUGCCUACUUGUUAGAGAAUGGAGCUGAUGCCAAUCGAAAAUCCUCAAACUCCGAUACAACGCCUCUCGUCUUAGCUAGUGGAAGUGGACACAAAGACAUUGUUCAACUACUUCUGAAACAUGGAGCUAAUCCAGGAGUGAUUGUUAAGGAUGGAUACACGUGUGUGAUGGAUGCGGCUGCGCAUGGCCACACGGAUAUCGUUGAAUUACUUCUUGACCAUGAGGGAGCCAUUUUGACGAGCAACCAGCCACCCACAUCAACAAAUGUCUUGUCGUCUGGGCUUCCCCCACCGCCUUCUGCGUUACCACCUGCCAACCCAGCUCAACACGCACGAGCGCGUCGUCAAAAUAAAAAAACGUACCCUCCUGUUUCAUCGCCUACCCUUGGACAACCGAAUUUGACGGGCAAACCGCGCAUCGAGCCACCCGAACCAGCCCGGCGCGCCGUGCUACAUCAACAAAUUCUGGGAACGCUUGCUUUGGAUGCAUGGAAGGAGGGCGAUACGGAAGCAAAUGAACCCUAUGUCGACUUGGAAUCAAUUAUUGGAAGUGGCGAUAAUUUACCAGAAAUGCUCGCUAACUAUUUUACAGCCUUCAACGAGAUUACACGACGAUCUAAUGAGGGGCCGGAUAAAGAGAUGCUAGAUAAUGUUUUGGCACAAUGGGUUCCCUACUUCAGAAACCUUCCUCCUGAAGCAUUUCGCGGUCGUACUCCAGGUGGGCAAUUGCCUGGAAUGCAGCUAUCAAGUACGACAACCACAAGUUCAUUCACUACAACGGACACCGCUUCAUCUGCGAUGACAAGCUUUUUCCAUUCCGCCUACGAAAAUCUGAAAAGAAAUUUUUCUGGAGCACCGGUUGCAAAAACUGGGACAUCUGACAAAAAAGAAGCACCAACUCCAACUCCAAAGAAAUCGGAUGCGCAGACGAUAAAAGAACCGGCAACUCGAACACGAACCUCAGCUGAAUCAACAUCGCCAGCAUCAAGCGUUGCCCAAAUUCCCAAAGAUCCAGCCAGCAUCUUAAAAGCAAAGGCGCAAGUGGAAGAAUACCUUGCUCAUCUAACACCAAAGCAACAAAUGGAACUUCACGAAUCGAUUUUCAAAUGUCAUCCUGGUGAACCAGCAGCUUUGAAGUCAAACAUCGCAAAUAUUCUCAUUCGACAUCCAUUUCCCCGAGAGACGUUAAAGAACUACGUCGAAUACAUUGAAGAUCUCAAGACUCGAACGGUUCGUCGAACUCAAAGUGAGGGUGAUGCGGGAAAGCAAUCUGAUCAGCCGGUUAAAGUUGACGCCGAUGGCGCAUUCUUCAGAGAAGCACUCACAAAGAUUAAAGAGCACUUCAUCAAUACACCCUUCAGCGGAAAAAGCACCAGCAAAGUUGAUCGAAGCAACCAACCGUGCAAGCUUUCUGUGGACAUGAUGACAGAAAGUAACCACGAUACACCGCUCUCGUUUGCUUGUCAAAAUGGGCAAACAUCUGUUGUUCAAAAUCUACUCCGAAGAGGUGCUAACAAGGAACACCGAGAUAAGAAGGGUUUCACACCUUUGAUUCUUGCUGCUUCUGGGGGCCAUGUAGCGGUUUGCGAAUCUUUGCUCAACGCGGGUGCAGAAUUGGAGGCUCAAAGUGAACGCACAAAAGACACCGCUUUAUCAUUGGCUUGCUCGAGUGGACGAAAAGAGGCUGUCGAGUGGUUAUUAAAGAAAGGUGCUAAUAAGGAACACCGAAAUGUCAGCGAUUACACGCCUCUAUCGUUGGCUGCAAGUGGUGGUUAUGUGGACAUUGUGACAAUGCUGCUCGACUCUGGCGCCGAGAUUAAUUCAAGAACCGGAAGCAAACUUGGAAUUUCCCCACUGAUGUUAGCUGCAAUGAAUGGCCACAAAGAUGCAACAAGGAUUCUAUUGGAGCGCGGUUCUGAUAUCAACGCUCAAAUCGAAACAAACAGAAACACGGCAUUAACUUUGGCUUGUUUCCAGGGUCGAACCGAAGUUGUUCGCUUGUUGCUGCAAUAUAAUGCCAAUGUGGAACACCGAGCAAAAACUGGACUAACACCACUGAUGGAGGCUGCAAAUGGUGGCUAUACCGAGGUCGGCGAUUUGCUUUUGGAUGAGGGUGCUGAUCCAAACACUGGUCCUGUGCCAUCUUCAAGAGAUACUGCGCUAACAAUUGCUGCAGAUAAGGGACACGACAAGUUUGUUGAAAUGCUUGUGCUUCGACAUGCCCAGAUUGAUGCCAGAAAUAAAAAGGGUUGUACAGCUUUAUGGCUAGCGUGCAAUGGUGGUCAUUUGGAAACUAUUAGGAUUUUGGUCGAGAACGGGGCUGAUGUUGAUUGUGCUGAUAAUCGAAAAGUAACACCGCUAAUGAUCGCCUUUCGUAAAGGGCAUUUACCAGCUGUCAAAUAUAUGGUUCAACACGUCACUCAAUUUCCUUCGGAUCAAGAUCUGGAUCGUUAUAUUGGGACGAUCACGCCAACGGAAAAUGAACUAUUGACGAAAUGCACCGAGUGUCGGGGAGAAAUUGUGUGUGCCAAAGACAAACAAUCAAUUGAAGCCGCCAAAGCUGCUGAAGCUCUUUUACAGAUGUUGGAAGAAGAGGAGGAGCAAUUGAGGACAAAGAAACAAGCGAAGCAAAGGAAGAACGAAAAGAAAAAGGCCAAGAAACAAGCGGCAAAGAAAGUUGCAGACGAUGAGAAAUAUGAAUCGGAUGCCGAGUUAAAAGAAGAAAAGGACGAGGAAAAUGUCGGUGUCAUCUCUAUCAAAGAAGCGCCGGUCAAUGACUCUCUCUCAUCCUACACCACUGCCGACGAGGCACUUGCGCCGGUUGUCAUUCCAAAACCUACACCCAUUGAAGAGCGUGUACCCAUCGUACUACCUUCACCGAAAAUUCGUUCUCCAUCACCGAUUGCUAUCUGCACCAAUGUUGAAAUGACUAACUCAGCUGGAUCGAGUGUUAUUGAACGCCAAAAAGCAAAGCGUGCUGAGAAGAAAGAAACCCAACGUGAAAGGAGACGACACGAGAGUGGAAAGCAUCUCGCGAAUCAUGGCACGAUGAACUCUUCAACAUCUCCAUCACAGAGUCAGAAAAGUCCUGUGUCAAAUUACAUAGCGUCUGUUCAAAACGAAGAAUGGGUGAAAGCUAAUUUCAAAAGAAACAAGGGGAAAAUGGGAGUGUCGAGCACCAGAACAUUGGCUCAAACUUCUAGCGGCCCGAUUGAUAGCUUUUUCCUGGAUGAUGCUGGAGUUUAUGCUGGCUGGAAAGAUGUUGAAUUGUCACGCCGUCGAGCCACUAUAAUGAGUUUGUCAUCGAGUGCAAUUGCUCGUGUAAUUGGUCGUGGAGGUUCAAACAUUAACGCAAUCCGAGAAGCCACUCAAGCUUCAAUUGAAGUUGAGAAGCAAAAUCCGAAAAAGGAACAAGCUGAACGGCAAAUUACAAUUCGAGGAACUCUGGAGACUGUGAAGUAUGCGGUCCAAAUGAUUAAUGGUCUCGUCGUCGACCAAGAAGCAUCAGUCAAUGACAUCGUCAGACAGGUUCUAAGAAGCGGCAGCGUUUCAACGGGAUCGGCGGCAUCAUCAGAAGGAAUAAAAGGCAACACAACUGGCUUCCAAUGUGUUCAAGAUUUCAAGACAAGUCCGAAGAUGACGCGUGCCGCCACAGCCUCAGCUGCUCCUGCACCAACAACCAAUAUCUGGCAACAACGUAUGGCCGCUCGUCAGAAAGAAGAGGACGCACGCCGUGUUUCUACAUCACCAAAGGGAGAACACCGGAUUCCCAUGCCGAAACAAGAACAAGUUGAGGAUAGAACAACUUUCAAGCCACUUGUGCACACGCAAAUUGUUUCGGAUUCAACCAGAGAUUCUGGUGGAAGUUCAUGUUUGACAACUCCAUCUCCACCCAUUUCUCCACCUCUUGCCGAGCCAAUUAUGAAUGUUCCACCAUUUGUGGCUCCCAACCCGUCGGGCGUUAUUUCUCGUCCCAUUCGGCCAGAACAACCCUCGUCAGCUUCUUCAUCGGGAAUUUCUGCCUCAUCGACAAUCUUGACUGCUCCUUCACCAAAUUCGACCGCUUCAAUCAUUGGACAGCCAUACCACAGCAGUGAGCCAACGACUCUUGCAUCGAUCAUUGAAAGUCCCACAUUGCCAACCACGACAAAAGCAUCUCCAUUGCUUCCACCGACCGUCGAUUUACAUUCAAUCAACUUUGCUUCAAUAUUUCCAUCAUUUCCAAAUGAAACUCCAAAAGACAAUGCCUUUAUGCCAAUCAUUAAUGCUCCGCCAACUUUGAUCAACGAAGAACGAGCGAAUACCCCAUCAAUCUCUGGUCUGCCAUCUUCGAUUGCCGACAUUUGGAGUAGCGCUUCGACUGGUGGAGAGCCGUGGAACAGCAAAUUGCUUUUAAAUGGUUUUGGCUCACUUUCUCUCGGAACGCCUGCACAAUCACAUGUUCAAGAUUGGGGAACUGCCGCAAAAAAUGAUCCGCAACUAGCUUUUACUCAACAGGGCAAACAACUCGGCAAUAUUCUCCAACCAAGUGAUAGCCGGCCGGGCUCAAAUCAAACAGCAGUUUUCGCAAAUAUUGGUAAAGAUGAGACAGCCGAAGGAUGGUCUUCUCCUAAAAAGUUUAUGGGUAACAUGGUCAAGUCGCAAAAUGGAAUCGGUAGCGGCUAUGUUCGACCUGCCUCGGCUGCUGGUGGAGUGUCAUACAACACGGUUCCAAAUUUGACUACACAACCUCCACGUCCAAUGGUUACCGCACAGUCGCACAGUCGAACACAAACUCCACUUUCGGAUCAACAUUUUUACAGCCUUGCCGCUCAAUUGGCAGCAAGCUCACAGAAACCACUUGGCGAACGAGCACCUCAUGCCUCGGUUGCUCAAUUCAAUGGAGGAGCGACAACGGCUAUGAUCAGUCAAAAGACUAUUCCAAAUGUUUACCAGGCGGCCCCCCAUGAAUUUGACGCGCUUGGUCAAAUUUUACAGAAAACCACAUUUGCUGGUGUGCAUCAUCAAACUGUCGGAGCCCCAAUUAAUAGCCAAGCAUCGGAUUAUCAAGCAAUUCUCCGGAACUCAAAUCGAACUGGGUCAGGCUAUGGCUUUGCCGGCGCCCCACCGCCGGGCUUUGCUCCGAUCCGACAAGAAAAUACCCCAGCAGUACCAACGAUUCGUGGAUUUACCCAAUACAAUUCAUCGCUUCCAGCAACAACUAUCCCUCAAACGCAACCAUCUGUGCAUCCUGGAUUCCCACUUUACAAUGGGCAAGCUGGAUCAACAACAACAACAUGGUCUAAACCAACACCAAAUCCAAUCAAUGGAACUCACUGGACUAACGGAUGGAGC